CCAUAAAUACUCUCCUUAUCUCCAUACCCUACUCUCUCUCUUUCUCUUUCACUUCCCAUACACAUCACUAUCUUGAUCAUAACAGCUCCAGAAUUAGAUCGAAUCAUCGAACGAUCGACGAGUCGUUCUCUUUUAUCUUUUGUUUCGCUUGGUUUAUGUGAUCAUGGGAAUUAAGAAGCCUGCAUGGAUGGAAGCACUCUACACAGAAAAAUUCUUCGUGGGUUGUUGUUAUCACGAAACUGCAAAAAAGAAUGAGAAGAAUGUUUGUUGUUUAGAUUGUUGUAUUAGUAUUUGCCCUCACUGUGUUCCUUCUCAUCGCUACCAUCGUCUCCUUCAAGUACGUCGUUACGUUUAUCACGACGUUGUUCGACUUGAAGACGUAGAGAAGCUUAUUGAUUGCUCUAAUGUUCAGCCCUAUACUAUAAAUAGUGCAAAAGUGGUGUUCAUCAAGAAGAGACCUCAGAAUAGGCAAUUCAAAGGGGCUGGAAACUAUUGUACUUCUUGCGAUCGAAGUCUUCAAGAACCUUUUAUCCAUUGCUCUCUUGGCUGCAAGGUGGAUUUUAUUCUGAAACAUUACAAGGACCUAUCUCCAUAUUUAAGGAGAUGCACCUCCUUAUCACUUGGUCCUGAUUUCUUCAUCCCUCAAGACAUGGGAGACGAAGAGAUGACCAAUGAGACGCCACAUUCGACAAUUGUGGACUCGGACGACCCGAUGAGUUGGUCGCCUAGUUCAUCAGGGUCAGAGAAUACAAGCAUGAUGUGCACGGAAAUCGUACGGAAGAAAAGAAGCGGAUUGUAUGUAUGUGCAAGAUCGGCUAAUAAGGUUUCCGACGAGGAUAUGGCUACGAGCAUGAGUAGAAGAAAAGGCAUUCCUCAUCGAUCCCCUCUAUGUUAAGCAAAUUAAUCUAAACAAUAACUAAAGAAAAACAACUAAAAUAUCAGUUACUACUACAAUAUUUUAGCUUAAUUUGAUGAUAUUUUGACUGAAUCCUUCAAAAUGUUAUCUUUCCUUCAUCUUUUCAGUUUAUAAAAUUAAUUAAUCUCUUGGUCGGGGGGUUUGUCUUAAUGGCAUCACGUGAUUCCCAAUUCCAAGUAAUGGUUUGUACAAUUUUCCAAGAGUUAAUUCAUUUUCUAAAGCUAGAUAUAUCAUUAUUAA